AGUUUGCUUAGAAUGACGGCUGAGACAGGAACAGCGCCUAUGCCCACCUGGCUGAGAGCAAAUCUAUUCGAAGAAUUGCUAAGUAAACGUUACGGCGGCAAUUAUGCCGGAAUCAAAAGUUUCAAGCCGGAAGCCGGGCUCAAGCCGGGAGAAAACUACUCCACAAUUAUGCUGCGCCUCAAGCUUGAAGUCGAACUGCAGGAUCACACAAUCGAAAAUGUGAGCUAUAUGCUGAAGACUCCCUAUGAUUUCGAGAUGUAUCGCGAGAUUCUGAGGAAGAACAACAUGUUUGCUGUGGAGAGGGAUGUGUUCAUUCAGGUGAUUCCCGAGCUGGAACAGAUGUACAAGGAUGUGGGCGUGGAGGUCAAGUUUGGGGCCAAGGCUUAUGAAAUCGACGCGCCCGAUGAUUACGUACUUCUGCAGGAUCUGGGUCCUUUGGGUUUCAGGAACGUCGAUCGCCUGGAGGGCCUAGACAUGGUUCACACCAAGUGUGUUCUAAAGAAGAUGGCCCAGUGGCAUGCGGUAUCGGCCACCAGGAUCCAUCUCAAGGGUCCGUACCCCCAGAACUACUUGCAACCCACGUACGCCGAUACCAUGAAGGAGAGCAUCGAACAGGUGGCUGAAACCUUGGGCAAGUAUUUCCUCAAGUGCCUGCCACUCUACGAGGGUUACGAGGAGUACAGUGCGGCGGUUCACAAGAUGCAACCUAAAAUCGUCGACCUUAUGUAUGCUAUGAACACGCCCGAUCCGCAGGACUUCAAUGCUCUGAAUCAUGGAGAUUGCUGGACCAGCAACAUCAUGUUUAAGUACGAGGACGAGUCGCCCGAACCGAUCGAGACAUAUUUCGUGGAUCUCCAACUGCCCAAGGUCACGAGCGUGGCAUAUGAUCUGAUCUAUUUCCUCCUGGGCUCGACGAAAUUCGAAAUCCAAUUGAGUCAGUUCGAUUACUUCAUCAAGUACUACCACGAUCACCUGGUCGAGCACUUGAGAAUGCUGAACUACCCCGAAGCAAAAACCCCCACGUUGGGGUUCCUCCAUACUCAGCUAUUGAAAUAUGGACGAGUUGGGUAUCACAUUGCUUUUAUUCUCUGCCCACCAGUGCUGCUCGAUCGGACUGAAGAUGCAAAUCUGACCGAUUUCGUCACCGAGACGGAUAAUGGCGAUGGUCUAAAGUUGGCUAUGUACUCCAAUGCCCGAUAUAAGAAGCACGUUAGCGCCAUUCUCAAAUGGUUGAACAAUCGAGGGGCCUUCCAGUGCUAGUUCGCUAUACAUUAUAUAUAUAUAAAGAAUACUAUUGCUAAAGUGAUUCCUAACGUUCUCUGGGAAAGAAAAUUUGUAAUACCAUGACAUAUAAAAUGUACUGCUUUCAAUAAAAUACUAAUGCACGAAUUUUAAGAAUAAAAUAUGCUUGUAACUGAGCAAUGAUUAUUCAGUG